AUGAAGAACGUUCAUGCUGAGCUCGUGUUUACGCCCUCCUUGGUCCAAUCUCUCCUGCGAGGGUCGAAGACGAAGGUCAUUGAGAACAACAUUCGACCAACAAACACGAGCCUGCGCAGCACGAGAGACUCGUUCAAGUCCAAGGCCAGGCACAUAUGGCUAGAAGAGACUAUCAGGCACAGGAAGAUCAGAGACAUUCAGAACAUGAUGAACCGAAGACAAGGCAUCCUUUCGCUGCUCGCCUUUGUGUCAAUCCUAAUAGCGGUCGCCAUCAACGAGCUCUGCGUCGAGGGUGACUACAUUCCACACUUGCCGAGCCUGUCGGAGGAGAUAGCUCUUGAGCAAACGGCGCAAAACCCUCGAAAGUGUACGAAGCCGCUCGGGGAGGAUGCAAAGCUCUUGCAGAGCCUGAUCACAGCUGUGAUCCUUGGCCUGCUGCUGGUGCAGCACUCCCUUCGGAAAAAGAUCGCCUCGAUGCAGACCUCCACCUCCACCGCCACUGUUAGGAAGGACGAAUUCUCCUCCUCCCCGAAGAUCAUCAGAAGGCUCCGACUGACCUUGGAGCUCUUGAUCAACUUCGUUCACAACCUUCCCUUCGUGCACUACGAUAUGGCAGUGAAAUCGGACGGGACGGUGAUCUACUAUCGCCUCGACUCCAUCCUGGCAGUAGCCACCUUCGUCCGCUUCUACCACAUCUUUCAAUGGAUGCACAUGAAGGUCGUGUACCGAUACUUCAACCUUGAGGUUGCCUACAUUUUACGUGACUACACCAUCGUAGAGUGGAUUCAGAACAGCUGGAUCUCCGUCUCUCUGCUCGCUGUCAAGAUUCUGAUCAAGCGCCAAGCCAUCGCUGUGAUCUGCAUCUUCAUCGGCAUCACCGUCCUCAGCAUCGGCUACAUGACUCGCGUGGCCGAGGGGCCAGCCUACACCGAGCACAGCGUCUACCUGUGGGAUCAGCUCUGGAUCAUCUACGCAUGCGUGCGGGGAAGGGAGGAGAGGAGAGUGGGCUACGGCACUGUCGUCAUCACGGACUUCGGCAAGUUCACCGUGUGCAUGGCGAUGGGGAUGGGGCCCGUGGCAGUCGCGUUCGUGACGGCGACGGCAAACCAGGGGAUCCGACUUAACAACAACGAGAAUUUCAUGAUGAGCCGCGCGGACAACAACCACCUCAAGCUCCGCGUCCUCACCUCCGCUGCUCGAGUUAUACAGCACUGGUGGAGGGGAAUCAAGGCUGAGGCAGGGGGGGGAGCGGUGGGGGGGGCAGGAGGGAGACUCUCGAGGAGGUUGAGCUUGAAGAGGGAGUGGAAGAGGGUCCGACAGGGGGAGCUGCUGUACCGCGAGCUCUACAACGAUAUGGAGAUGCUGCGGAGGGGAGUACGGAGCUGCCGACCAUCGGCCAUGUGCAAGGAGAACCCCCGAGGAGCGGGACAAGAGGCAGGGACGUCGAUGGCCCCCCGCAAGUCAGCGUCGCCAAGGAGGACGAGGGAGCAAGAGGAAGCUCGGAAUCGGCUCAUCCGAGAAAUCGAAGAGGUGAGCAAGCGACUGGUGCGGGUGGACGAGCGACUGGCGAAUCUCGUGAGGAUCAGCGAGAGGAGGAGGCACGACGGGUGA